AUGGCGGGGGACUUGCCGCGCUUCCUGCGGGCGCUGCCAGCCGAGAGCGGACCCGAGGCGGUGCGGACGCGGGUGCAGGAGCAGGACUUACGGCAGUGGGGCCUGACGGGGAUUCAUCUGCGCUCUUAUCAACUGGAGGGAGUCAAUUGGCUAGCCCAGUGCUUCCAGUGCCAAAAUGGCUGUAUCCUGGGAGAUGAGAUGGGCCUGGGGAAGACCUGCCAGACUAUCGCUUUCCUCGUUUACUUGGUGGGAAGACUGAACGACGAAGGGCCAUUUCUGAUUCUUUGUCCCUUGUCCGUUUUGAGCAACUGGAAAGAAGAGCUGGAGAGAUUUGCUCCAGGUCUGUCCUGUGUACCAUAUGUGGGUGACAAGGAGGAAAGAGCCUACCUUCAGCAAGACCUACGACAGGAGUCUCGAUUUCACGUGCUGCUGACUACCUAUGAGAUUUGCUUGAAGGAUGCCUCAUUUCUGAAAUCCUUCUCUUGGAGUGUUCUGGCUGUGGACGAAGCUCAUAGAUUGAAAAACCAGAGCUCCCUGCUGCACAGGACACUCUCAGAGUUCUCAGUGGUCUUCCGCCUCCUGCUCACCGGAACGCCCAUCCAGAACAGCCUCCAGGAGCUCUACUCCCUCCUCAGUGUCGUGGAGCCCGAUCUCUUCUGCAGGGAGCAGGUAGAAGACUUUGUCCAGCGGUACCAGGACAUUCAGAAAGAGUCCAAAUCAGCAAGUGAGCUACACAGACUCUUGCAGCCAUUUCUCCUAAGACGAGUGAAAGCCCAGGUAGCCACAGAGCUCCCCAAGAAGACAGAGGUGGUGAUAUACCAUGGCAUGUCAGCGCUACAGAAGAAGUACUACAAGGCCAUCUUGAUGAAAGACCUAGAUGCAUUUGAGAAUGAGACAGCAAAGAAAGUCAAGCUGCAGAACAUCCUCACACAGCUUCGGAAGUGUGUGGACCACCCGUAUCUGUUCGAUGGUGUGGAACCAGAGCCCUUUGAAGUUGGAGAGCACCUGAUUGAGGCCAGUGGGAAGCUUCAUCUGCUGGACAGGCUUCUGGCAUUUCUCUACUCCAGGGGCCAUCGGGUUUUACUUUUUUCCCAGAUGACCCACAUGUUGGAUAUUCUGCAAGACUACAUGGAUUACAGAGGCUACAGCUAUGAGCGUGUGGAUGGCUCCGUGAGAGGAGAAGAGAGGCACCUGGCCAUUAAGAACUUUGGAAAACAGCCCAUUUUUGUUUUUCUGCUGAGCACCCGGGCAGGUGGAGUAGGCAUGAACUUAACAGCAGCAGACACCGUUAUUUUUGUUGACAGUGAUUUUAACCCUCAGAAUGACCUGCAGGCGGCUGCCAGAGCUCACCGAAUUGGCCAGAACAAGUCUGUUAGAGUCAUCCGUCUGAUCGGCCGGGACACUGUGGAAGAAAUCGUGUACAGGAAGGCAGCCUCCAAACUGCAGCUUACCAACAUGGUCAUGGAAGGGGGCCAUUUCACCCUAGGAGCCGCGAGACCGUCCGCUGAGGCCGACUUCCAGUUAAGUGAGAUACUUAAAUUCGGCUUGGAUAAACUGCUGUCCUCUGAGGGGAGCAGUGUGGAUGAAGUAGAUUUGGAAUCCAUCCUGGGAGAAACCAGAGAUGGGCAGUGGGUCUCUGAUGCUUUGCCUGCCGCAGCAGAAGGAGGAAACGGAGAACAAGAGGAAGGAAAAAACCAUAUGUACUUGUUUGAAGGUAAAGAUUAUUCUAAAGAGCCCAGUAAGGAAGACAGAAAGUCGUUUGAACAGCUGGUGAAUCUUCAGAAAACUCUUCUAGAGAAAACGAGUCACGGGGGCCGGUCCCUCCGCAAUAAAGACAGCGUUCUUAUCCCAGGCCUGGCAGAAGGGCCCAUCAAAAGGAAGAAGAUCCUGAGCCAAGAAGAGCUGGAAGAGAGACGGAAGAAAAGACAGGAAGCAGCAGCCAAGAGGAAGAGACUAAUGGAGGAGAGGAAGAAGGAAAAGGAGGAGGCUGAGCACAGGAAGAAGAUGGCCUGGUGGGAAUCCAACAGUUAUCAGUCCCCCUGCCUGCCCUCGGAGGACAGCGACAGCGAGCCUGAGGACCUUGAGGAUGGAGAAGAUGAGACUUCUGGCGAGCUGGAUGCUGAAGACCUAGAUUCAGCUUCCAUCAAGUAUGUUAGCGGUGACGUCACCCACCCACAGGCUGGCGCGGAGGAUGCUGUCAUUGUGCACUGUGUAGAUGAUUCUGGCCGCUGGGGCAGAGGGGGCUUGUUCACGGCUCUGGAGGCACGAUCAGCCGAACCAAGAAAAAUCUAUGAGUUGGCUGGGAAAAUGAAAGACUUGAGUUUGGGAAGUGUCCUUUUGUUUCCCAUCAAUGAUAAAGAAUCAAGAGAGAAAGGACAAGAUUUGUUGGCCUUGAUUGUGGCUCAGCACCGUGAUAGCUCCAAUGUCCUAUCUGGCAUUAAGAUGGUGGCCCUAGAAGAUGGCCUCAAGAAGGUAUUUUUAGCAGCAAAGAAAAACAAAGCGAGUGUUCAUCUUCCACGCAUCGGACACGCUACAAAGGGUUUUAACUGGUAUGGGACCGAAAGACUUAUUCGGAAACAUUUGGCUGCAAGAGGCAUCCCAACUUACAUAUACUACUUUCCUAGAAGUAAGGCUGCUGCCUGCCAUUCACAGUCUGCAUCCCCCUCCGCAGCACCACUGGUUCCUUAGCAACCAGCCCAGCAUCAGCAUUGGAUCCCGUUUUCAGCGACCGGCUAGAAAAUCCGUGCCCCAGAGCAACUGUUAGUUUUCAGGGAAAAGGCCGUCUUUGGCUGGAACCUCAGGGAUAGUCUUCAUGGAAUCUGAAUUUUGUUCCCCUGGAAUUGUUACUGUGAUCCAGUCCCUGUAAUAUGGAAUGUAUAGCUUAUCUGGGGAAUCCCUCUGACUUCAGAUUGUAUAGCUUUGUAUAAAAAUAAAU